ACCGCCACCGGCUAGUCUCUCUAGUCGUCAUCGAACAGGUGUAUAAGACAUCAAAUAUCCGACCCUAUAGUCGCGUUUUACCUACACACUCGACGUGUGUUGCCGAGUGCGUGAUAAUGCUAGCUUCACUUGAAAAUAAAACCGCUUGGUUUGUGGAAUCGAGAGGCUGUGACAUAGGAGAGGGUUGCUGAUGGUCGAGUUGUGGGAUUUUCGGUUUGAAGAUGGUCAGAUUCACUAAAAUGGAACAACAGGAGAGAAGGGAAUUAUUAGCUAGCAUGAAAGAAAUUGAAUUAGAAGAAAAUAAACAAAUAGACAAUGCUGCAUUCCGACAUGUACGAGAAAACAUCGAUGAGCUAGAUGGCCAGAAUGGAAUUAAUGAGACUGAUUUAAUAUUCCUAAAAGGACUCAUGGACAGUCCAGUGAUGAAGAACUUAGUUAAGGUACAAGAUCGCCUAGAAGACCCACCUUCAAACCCGAAACCCAUAUCGACAAACGGCAAAGAAUUGCUUAAAGAUAUAUUACUCCGCUGUAGUAGAUCCAGAAAUAGAGACGUUCGAGAACUCAUUGCUUUAUUAAGUAAUCCUCACGUGAAGGCUCUAAUUGAUUCCCAUGACGAGAUAGCCGAGAUAGUCGAGCAUCCAGAGAUUUACCUCAAACAAAAGAAGACUGAAACGCCGAAACUAUUUCCCAACGACAUGACGGGGGACACGAUGCGUAUGGUUGGGGUCCGCAAAAAGGCCGGAGAACCAUUGGGACUCACAGUCCAAGUAGAUGAGAAUGACAAUUUGGUGAUUGCGCGCAUUCUUGAGGGUGGCAUGAUAGAGAAGCAGGGUUUAUUGCAUAUUGGUGAUGUUAUAUUGGAAGUUAACGGCACACCUGUUCACACGCCAGAAGAUCUUCAGGCAGAAAUUGCUAAAACAAAAGAUCAUGUGACUUUGAAAGUGGGAAAUUCUAAUUAUGCACCGGAAACGCAUUCAUCUUUAGUAAAUGGUUCACCAAAUGGGGUCCCCAAACGAUUAACGUGUUAUAUGCGAGCCUUAUACGAAUAUGACCCCCAAGAAGACACACUGUUGCCUUGUAAAGAAAUUGGCCUUCCAUUUGAUAGAGGUGACAUCCUGCAGAUAGUGGAUCAGCGAGAUCCUAAUUGGUGGCAAGCUAAGAAAAUCGGAGGCGAUGGUAGAACGGGUUUGAUUCCAUCUUUAGAAUUGGAAGAGCGUAGAAAAGCUUUCGUAGCACCAGAGGCUGACUUCGUACAUAAAAUAAGUAUUUGUGGAGCUAGAAUUUCUAGACGAAAGAAGAAAAUUAUUUACCAAUCUAAAAGUAGUUGCGAUUUUGACAAGGCCGAGUUGUUGUUAUAUGAAGAAGUCACAAAAAUGCCGCCUUUUAAAAGAAAAACUUUGGUACUCAUAGGAACUCAAGGUGUGGGAAGGAGAACUUUGAAGAACCGAUUGAUAAACAGUGAUCCUGAUAAAUUUGGAGGAGUGGUUCCAUAUACCACACGUCCACAACGAGUCCUGGAAGAAAAUGGUCAAAGUUAUUGGUUUACUGACAGAGAAACCAUGGAAGAAGAUAUAAAACAAGCAAAGUUCUUGGAAUAUGGUGAAUACAAUGGCCAAUUAUAUGGUACUCAUUUGGAUUCUAUAAGGGAUGUAAUAAAACAGGGGAAGAUGUGCAUUUUGGAUUGCAGUCCUAUGUCUUUAAAAAUUUUGCAUAACAGUGCAGAGUUUUUGCCGUAUGUUAUUUACAUAGCUGCACCUGGUAUGGAACAUUUGAAAACAUUAUAUGAUGUCGGAAAAAGUAACUCAAAUUUAAGAUACUCCAGUAGAAAUUUGACGUUUGAACGCCAAAGUUCUAUUCGAUAUAGUUCUCGCAGGGCCAGGACACUUGAAUCACUUGCAUCUUUGUAUGAGGAAGAAGAUUUAAAAAGAACAUUAGAAGAUAGUGCCAGUAUGCAAAGAACAUAUGAUAAGUACUUUGACUUGGUUAUAACGAACAACGAUUUCGAUUCGACAUUCCGCCAAAUUGUAGAUGCUUUGGAUUCAUUAACCACUGAACAUCAGUGGGUUCCAGUUAAUUGGAUCUACUAGCUGCACUGCCACUUAUAAUCUUGCAUAUGUGAUAAUCUUUCAAACGUUUUGCCUUUAGUAGUCGCUAUAAAAAUAUUUUUCUGAAAUCGUUCAGAUCAUCACAAAUUAAUUAAUUAAAUCAUCACAAUAAAUUUAUUUAAAAUUUUAGGGAUUAUAAUUUUGUCAUAUUAAAAGAGUUUAAUGAAAUGUUUAAAUUAAAUUAGCAGCUAAAAAUUCGCAAUGUUUCAUUAGAAUACUCAUUUACAAAUAGUAGAAAUUAGUUAUUUAAAACAGUGGCAUUCAAAAUUUAAAUAUGGAUAUUAAAAUUAUUGUCAGUUUAAAACUAGGAAAUAGUUAUAAUACCGAAAUUUCUAUUCAAAUGACCCUUUUAAAUAAUUGAAUGCACCUGUUAUAAAGCAUUUGUUAAAGUACUUUAAAAUUUAAAAAUUAUUUAAAUAUAUAAAAUAUAUUUAGAUUGUAACGUAAAUAGAUUAUUUUAGUUUUAAACUAUGUGUUCUAUUAACGUAGUUGUAGAAAAAUAUAUAUACUUAAUUUUGUUAAUUUUAGACAUAUUAUUAAAUGAUGUACAAAUAUUUGAGACAUCGAACUAUAGCUCUCAUAGUUUAAGUAUAAUUGUAUAUAAAAUGAACUCAGAGUCCUCCGUACUAUCACGUAGAAGGGUAGUAGUCCUGUAUUCAUAACAAAGUCUAAAAAUUUUAGAAGUUGUAUGAGACAGAACGCCAGAGAUGAUUUUCUCACUACCUGUUAAGUGUAAUUUAAGAUAUAUAUUUUUUGUUGUGUAUUUUCAUGCUUAUGUAUUAUUUUUUAACCGUCCAAGUGUUCAGGGAAGAAAUUAUCAUAUUGUUUUAUUUUAUGUAUAUUUUGCCCUUGUGUUUGUUUUAAACUAUUUACAAAUAAAUAUUUUUUGCACAAA